CUGCCGGCUCCGGUGGCCGCGGGGCCGCCUCUGCGCGUGGCCGCGCGCACGCACGGGCGUUCCGGGCCAGGCUCGCGUCGGGCGGGGACCCGCGUGUGAAAGGGUUACAGCGUGACGUGACCCGUGCCAAGGACGGCAGACAUGCCCACAUGCCAGGACCUGACAAACUUCCCCGUGCUCGAAGCUUCUGGAAGCGGCGCUGCAGCCUCCCGGGGUGAUGGACGCACCCCACCGACGGCGGCAGUAGCUGUUGCGGGGCGCGGAGGGCAGGACCCCGGCCCGGGGGCCGCGGGCACAGAGUGCUUGUGAUUUUAUCUGUUUUUUCUGAACUUCACCUAUUUUUUCUGACUCUUGGAUGAUGGACUAAUAAGAACACUGAAUUUCUUCGGCAUAUUUCAAGUUGGUGACUGUUGAAUUUUCACCCUAGUCCAGCAGCACUGCUGCUCACUUAAAUACAGAUGAAUGAAGACCCCAUUCGGGAAGACCCCUGGCCAGCGGUCCAGAGCUGAUGCAGGCCAUGCUGGUGUGUCUGCAAACAUGAUGAAGAAAAGGACGUCCCACAAAAAACACCGGAGCAGUGUGGGGCCCAACAAGCCCGUCUCCCAGCCCCGGCGGAACAUCGUGGGCUGCAGGAUUCAGCACGGGUGGAAGGAGGGGAACGGCCCUGUCACCCAGUGGAAAGGAACCGUGCUGGACCAGGUGCCUGUAAACCCCUCUUUGUACCUUAUAAAGUACGACGGGUUUGACUGUGUUUAUGGACUGGAACUCAAUAAAGAUGAAAGAGUUUCUGCGCUUGAAGUACUCCCUGAUAGAGUUGCAACAUCUCGAAUCAGCGACGCACACCUAGCAGACACCAUGAUCGGCAAAGCUGUGGAGCACAUGUUUGAGACUGAAGACGGUUCUAAAGACGAGUGGAGGGGAAUGGUGCUGGCGCGAGCACCAAUAAUGAACACGUGGUUUUACAUAACCUACGAGAAAGAUCCCGUCUUGUACAUGUACCAGCUCUUAGACGAUUAUAAAGAAGGCGACCUUCGCAUUAUGCCCGAUUCUAAUGAUUCGCCUCCAGCAGAAAGGGAACCGGGAGAAGUUGUGGACAGCCUGGUAGGCAAACAAGUGGAAUACGCCAAAGAAGACGGCUCUAAAAGGACUGGCAUGGUCAUCCAUCAAGUGGAAGCCAAACCGUCUGUCUACUUCAUCAAGUUUGAUGAUGAUUUCCAUAUCUAUGUCUACGAUUUGGUGAAAACAUCCUAGAUGUCAUCAUGAACUUGGCCAAAUUUGUGGAACUAUUAAAUGUAUAAUUUGUAGACAUAAAGACUUGAUUGCUUUCCAGUUUAAUGAAAGCUUAAAUGUCCCUGCGAACCCACAAUCUCUGCAGCAGAACUGGUUUUGUUCUGAGUAGUACAGAUUUAUGUGAACACAGAGCAUUUUGUGUCAGGAACUCCUUCCUCUUAAAAGAAGUCUGUCUGUUUGGAGGGGAGUUACAGGCGAGUUCGGUAAAGUUCAGCUGGUAUCAUACAUUUAAAACUGACAAGUCUUACCCAUCUCCCCGUCACUCUAAUGAACUCUCUUACUCUGCUGCCACAAUGCAAGCAUAGUUUGGUAUUUUUGUUACUGCCUUUUUUGAGAUAUAUAUGUAUCUAUAUCUACCUAUCUAUAUAUCUGUGUGUAUACAUAUGUAAUAUAUCUAUACACACACAAAUCUGUACUCACACACACGCACACACACAUGUCAUUUGGCAGUCCUUUGUGGAUUGGGACAGGGGUUAAAUAAUUUUCUCCAGUUUAACAGGAGUGCUUGACCCAAGUCAGUCAUAUUUACUAUAUAACUGCUAUUUAUUUAAAAGGAAUUUGGGCACAUAAGGAUGGUCAGCUUGUUUUGAAAGCCAAGAUCAGAGCACCUUUUCAGUCUGGAGGCUUUGAACCGUAGGUCCAGAUAUGAAUCACUUGUGAAUAGCUAAUGACCCACAUCAGAACUUUAACUAAACAGAAACCUGCAUAAAAGGCUGCCUGUAAUUAGAAACUUUGUAAAUUUUUUUUUGUUUACUUUUUUUUAUCAUCAAUACUUUUUUUGUUGUUACAAAACCCAGGUACUUGGUUCACCCAGUAUGGUAUGAGCAGCACACAGGCCCACUCUUGUACAAACCAGCUCUGGAGUUAGUACAUGGGUUUCCAAGGCGAGUACAUCAGUGGCUUGUGUGCAUGUGGUAAGUGCUUGGAAGAGCAUAGUGCUGUUAUGUUAGAAACCUAAGUUACCCUCUUGUUCCCUGGGACACUUACUACUCUUGGGACUGAUGUGUGCUUCUGGUCAGAAGAUCGCGCCCCCGCCCCGCCCCCUCCCUAGCUGUUCCCCACAAGAAUGACAGCUGAAGUCUCUUGACACCUUUCUGCGGUGCUGUUUGUUCUUGCUCGUGGUGUGCUGUCAGCAUAGCUUCAUCGCAUCAGUGGACUCUGCCACAUGAGGGUCACCCGCCCACCCUGAGUUGUUGGGUAUAGCCAGUAGUGAGCCUUAGCCACAGAAUUCUGCUGUGGCUUUUUCCUGCCUGCACGGUAGUGUUGAGUUUCAUUUUGUUCUGUAACUGAAAUACAACUCCCGAAAGGGUUGAUUUAGUAGCCGAACACAGCAACUGUGUUUGGGAGCACCGUGGCGGUGGGAGAGUUAGGAGGAAGGUGGAACCUGUCUCUUGUGGAGACGAGAACCGCCCGACCCCCGAAGGGCUGUGGGAAGCUCUGGUCUGGUCAGAGGUCUGCAUGGCUGUGGUGCGGUCCGAGCUGUGGUUGCAGGGCUUCGCUCCUGGUGGGCUCUGGCUGCCACCCACCCUCCAGAGGGCACGUGCCGUACCGCCUGCAGGCAGCUUGCCCCUCGCCGCACACAGCGCCUCGUCCUCAGUGGUGUGUGUGCAGACAGGCUGUCCCAGACGGUGGGUCCCCGGGUCGAGGCACCCCGCCCUGAACCCUGCUUGAGCAGGUGGCACCUGUUGCAGUGGUGGGCCCUGUGAGGGUGCUCAGCCACCCCAGCUCCAGUGGCCUGUGCCCGGGCACACAGCUCAGACACAGCACAGUGAUGUGGGGCCAGGAGGCAGAGUCCUUCUCGAGUGUCCUGGGGGGGGGGCGGGCGGGCAGGCGGGAUAGUCAGAUCAUUUCCAGAAUCUGUGACUUGCAUUGUGGUUCUGCAAGUACCUUGACCAACCUUUAAUACCACACGACCUGCCACUCCAGAGGAAUGUGACGUGAUGAUUGUUUUAGUCAUCGUUCCAUUGAUUGCCUUCAGGGCUGAAGGAAGGGGAAGGGGUUUUGUUCCGUUUUUUUCCGUUUCAUUUCCCGGCCUUUUCUUUCCCGUCCCCACUGGCUCACACCACACUUGAUGGCGCUGUGACUUCUCUGCCCCCCAGCCGAGUGUUUCGGGCUUCAUUUUAGGCUCAUGUUUCCGAUCUGCAUGCACUGCUUGCCUCUUCCCGGUACCUGAGUGUUGGUUCUCACUCUCGGAAUCCAACAUGAAUUUCCAAAACUCUCAUGGGACUUGUGACGCCACAAGACAUGACUCUGUAUAAAAUGUAUCGGCCUUCCUCAUUGACCUGCUAUAGUAUUAUCGUGUUGUGUGUGCGCGUGUGCGAUGGUGUCCGGCUGCCACGGGACGCUUCAAAGGAAAACCUUCAAAGCAGACCAUCCUUUUGCAUGCUCGAUUCUAAGUAGAAUGUUCCGUGUAACUAACUAAAACUGCAUGUGGAAGAUACUUAGGUUUUUUCGUUUCGUUUUGUUUUCUUUGUUUUUCUUUGUUUUCUGUUCUCUGUAUAUUUGCUUACUGUGCCGUUUUAGUGAUUGUAAGAUAAAAGUGCACUGGUGAAGCAAACGUAGUGCCGGCAGAAGGUGAUUUCCCAGUCGUGUAUCUCACGCAGCAUUCGAAGGGACUGUGCAUUCUGCGAACAAUCACAGUUCUAAGCCAGAUUUCAUUUCUAGUCUUGUUUUUCGUGCCAAACCCCAAAGUGCAUUGGGCCUGAAUCUCUGAACGCUGCAGACCCAUUCGAAGACGGUUUUGAUUGUCACAAAUUUUAGUGCCUGAAAACAUUCUUUAACGGAUUGUCUGUUUCAAAAGGAAAGAAAGUUCUCCAAAGACAAAUAGGGACAAUUAUUAGAACGGAAAGAUAAUUAUCGUCCAAACGUCUGUGGUCCCUUGGCUAUGCUGCGCCCUUUGUUUUCCCACCUCUGGUGCAGGUGAAUGAAUGUGUAGACUUCAGAGGUCUCGUGUUCGCGUUUAAACUUAGGUAAAUGACCUCAUCAUUCAAGCUUGAAUUCAUUUUUUAUUUUCAUUUUAUUUUAUACAAUGUGUAGACAGUUCCCUGUUCUCUGCAUUUAGAAGUAUAAACUAUAAAUCUGUUAAUUCUGUAAGUAAUUUUUAUAAUUAUGAUGUAACUCUAUCCUAUCCUUAAAACAUUUAAAAUAAACCCUUUAUGUGCAA